CCAUGGUUCCUGAGUCACAAGUCUCUCCCCCACCUUAGCCACCCAAAGUGAAGCCACACAUACCCUCACGCUUUUGAGAUCUAAUAAUUUGACUUUGUUUCUUGCAGAUGGCUUACUUGAAGAUGAGAUGUAUACAUAUUUUCCUUCUGGUUCUGGGGGCCCUUGGCUUGUAUUUUAGCAUGUACAGUCAGACUCCUUUUAAAGAAGAGAAGUUUGUUUUCAAGAAAGACAGUGGGAACUUCCUUCAGCUCCCAAAAAUAGAUUGCAGGCAGAAUCCUCCCUUCCUUGUCCUGCUGGUGACUUCAUUGCAUGCAGAGGUAGUCGCUCGGAUGGCCAUCAGGCAGACUUGGGGGAGAGAGAUGGUCGUGAAAGGAAAACGAAUAAAAACCUUCUUUCUCCUGGGAAUCACAACUAAAGACCAGGAAAUGACAAUAGUGACCCUGGAAGGCCGGCGAUAUCAAGACAUUAUCCAGAAGGACUUUGUGGGCAUCUAUUUCAAUUUGACUCUGAAGACCAUGAUGGGCAUCGAAUGGGUCCACCACUACUGCCCUGAGGCUGCCUUUGUGAUGAAGACAGACUCCGAUAUGUUUAUAAAUGUCUACUAUCUCACUGAACUACUUCUAAAGAAAAACAGAACAACUAGGUUUUUCACUGGCUUCUUAAAAAUGAAUGAAUUCCCAAUUAGGGAUAAUUCUAGUAAGUGGUUUGUCAGUAAAUUGGAGUACCCGUGGGACAAGUACCCGCCUUUUUGCUCUGGCACGGGCUAUGUUUUUUCUGGUGAUGUUGCAAGCCAAGUGUAUUAUGUUUCUGAGAGCGUCCCCUUUAUUAAAUUCGAAGAUGUGUUUGUGGGACUCUGCCUGGACGAACUGAACAUCAAGCUGGAGGAACUUCACUCAGAGCAGACGUUUUUCCCUGAAGGGUUGCACUUUUCCACAUGUCGCUUUAAGAAAAUUGUGGCCUGCCAUUUUAUCAAACCUCCAGAAAUGUUGAUCUAUUGGCAGGCUCUGGAGAAUUCCCUGGGAGAAAUGUGCCCAUUUCUCUGAGGAGAGCCUAAGGGCACACCCAGACAACCCACAGUGCUGUUUGUUGGAAUCUGUUGGAUGGCGAUGGUGUA